GAAGCUCCCGCAGUCAGACCAAGGGGAAUCUUGGCCUGGGCGCACUGGAUAGCAACGCCUGCACCUGUGCUACUGCGAGGGUCCACCAGAGGGAGAAACAGAGGGAGAGGACGCCUAGAGAGGCCCGGAAAGAGGCACUUCCACCCCCUCCGGCGGGUCUUCCCCCCGUCCGCCCCCGUCUCUCCCUCCCAUCUAGCCACCCGCCGGGGCGAAGUUGCGACGUGCGGCGCGAGGAAGAGAACAGCGAGUUGGCGCCCGGCGAACAAGAGGGCUUGGGGGUUGUGCAUCCCCCCCCAGCCCGGGAUCAGGAGCCUGCCGCUUUCUUCUCACUUGUGAGCUCCUUGGAGCUCACAAGAGGAAUCCCAGAGAAGAUCUAGUCCAAGAAGCCACACGUCUAGUCCAAGAAGCCACGUGUCUCCUACACCUCCCCCAUCAACAUCUGAGCCUCCCGACCAAGUUGCUGCUGGUGCAUCUGCAUGAGAGAUCUGCCUAGAGAGCCAGAGUGGCGUAGUGGUUAGAGUGUUGGACUACAACCUGGGAGACGAGGGUUCGAAACCCCACACAGCCUUGAAGCUCCCUGGGUGACCUUCGGCCAGUCACUGCCUCUCAGCCUCAGACGGAGGCAAUGAAAUAAGAGCUUCUGAUCCUCAAAUCUGACCACACCAGAAGAAGAGGAGAAGGAGGAGGAGGAAACAUAUGUUCAUCCAGGACAGAUGAUCAGGUGAUGAGAAUUCUAAAACGGCAUCUGUAGCAUCACGAGAAACAACAAGAAGUGUGAAAAGAAUUUAAAUAUCACUGGAAACCUUACUUCACAUAUGAGAACACACACAGGUGAGAAGCCAUACAAAUGCAUGGAAUGUGGAAAAAGCUUCAGUCACCAUCAGCACCUUACAUAAAAGAACUCACACAGGAGAGAAGCCAUAUACAUGUGUGGCGUGUGGAAAGAGUCAGUCACCAAACUAGUUAUAAGGUUCAUCAACGUAUCCACACGGGAAAAACCAUUUAAAUGUGUGGAGUGUGGAAAGUACUUCACUGGAAGCUCAAAUUUGAUUAAACUGUAGCAUCACGAGAAACAACAUUUGAAGCAGCAAAAAAAUAAAAUAAAAGCUCGGUAAUCAAAGAUGGCCCAACGGACAAGAGGGGAACCAGUCAAAGAAUGAUAGGAAGAAAUGUUUUGUUUCUUCAGGCACUGAUACCCAUGAACUCCUUCAAGGAAAUCAGAAAAUGAAGACAAGGGGAAAAUGUGAAUGGGGAGCAUUUAAAAAGCAUCAAGGAACUCACACAGGGGAGAAACCGUAUAAAUGCAUGGAGUGUGGAGAGAGCUUCAGUUUUGGUUCAAAUCUUACUUUACAUCACCAAACUCACACAGGAGAGAAAGCAUUUGAAUGCAUGGAGUGUGGAAAGUGCUUCAGUCUACGAUGCAAUCUUAAAACGCAUCAAAGAAUCCACACAGGGGAGAAACCAUUUAAAUGCAUGGAGUGUGGAAAGAGCUUCAGUUUACGGAACUCACUUAAAACACAUCAAAGAACCCACACAGGAGAGAAACCAUUUAAAUGCAUGGAGUGUGGAAAGAGCUUCAGUGAGGGGUGUAAGCUUACAUUACAUCAAAGAAUCCACACUGGGGAGAAACCAUUUAAAUGCAUGGAGUGUGGAAAGAGCUUCAGUGAGGGGUGUAAGCUUACAUUACAUCAAAGAAUCCACACUGGGGAGAAACCAUUUAAAUGCAUGGAGUGUGGAAAAAGCUUUAGGGUGAACUCUUACCUUACCACUCAUAAAAGAAUCCACACAGGGGAAAAACCAUUUAAAUGCAGGGAGUGUGGACAGAGCUUCAGUCAAUGGGGCAGUCUUAAAACACAUCAAAAAAUGCACACAGGGGAGAAACCAUUUGAAUGCAUGGAGUGUGGAAAGUGCUUCAGUGUACGGGACUCACUUAAAAGACAUCAAAGAACCCACACAGGGGAGAAACCAUUUAAAUGCAUGCAUUGUGGAAAGUGCUUCAGUGAACAGGGAGCGCGUAAAAAACAUCAAAGAACUCAUACACAAGAGAAACCAUAUAAGUGUGAGAUGUGUGGAAAGAGUUUCCGUCUGAAACCACACCUUAGGACUCAUCAAAAUAUCCACACAGGGGUAAAACCAUUUAAAUGCAUGGAGUGUGGAAAGAGCUUCUUUGACGGUGGAUCACUUACUAAACAUCAAAGAAUCCACACAGGAGAGAAGCCAUAUAAAUGCAUGGAAUGUGGAAAAAGUUUCAAUCUGAGCCAAAGCCUUAAUUCACAUCAAAGAAUCCACACAGGAGAGAAACCAUUUGAAUGCAUGGAGUGUGGAAAGUGCUUCAGUGAACGGGAGUCACUUAAAAGACAUCAAAGAACCCACACAGGGGAGAAACCAUUUAAAUGCAUGCAUUGUGGAAAGUGCUUCAGUGAACAGGGAGCGCGUAAAAAACAUCAAAGAACUCAUACACAAGAGAAACCAUAUAAGUGUGAGAUGUGUGGAAAGAGUUUCAGUCUGAAACCACACCUUAGGACUCAUCAAAAUAUCCACACAGGGGUAAAACCAUUUAAAUGCAUGGAGUGUGGAAAGAGCUUCUUUGACGGUGGAUCACUUACUAAACAUCAAAGAAUCCACACAGGAGAGAAGCCAUAUAAAUGCAUGGAAUGUGGAAAAAGUUUCAGUCUGAGCCAAAGCCUUAAUUCACAUCAAAGAAUCCACACAGGAGAGAAACCGUACAAAUGUGAGGAGUGUGGAAAGAGCUUCAAUGACAGUGGAGCACUUACUAAACAUCAAAGAAUCCACACGGGAGAGAAACCAUAUACAUGUAAGGAGUGUGGAAAGAAUUUCAGUAUCACUGGAAACCUUACUUCACAUAUGAGAACACACACAGGUGGGAAGCCAUACAAAUGCAUGGAAUGUGGAAAAAACUUCACUCAGCAGCAUCACCUUACUUCACAUAAAAGAACUCACACAGGAGAGAAGCCAUAUACAUGUGUGGAGUGUGGAAAGAGUUUCAGUCACCAAAGUACUUAUAAGGUUCAUCAAAAUAUCCACACGAGGAAAGCCAUUUAAAUAUGUGGAGUGUGGAAAGUGCUUCACUAGAAGCUCAAAUUUGAUUGAACAAAAAGUACCACACAGAGGAGAAACCACAUCACUGCAUGGGGUGUCGAAAGAGCUUCAGUCAUAGUGGCAAACUUGCUGGACAUCAACAUGGGGGAGAAAGCAUAUAAAUGUACGGAAUGCGGAAAGAGCUUCAGUGGAUUGAGCUGGACCCAUGACAGACUUCAACGGGCUGACACAUCAUGUCUUGCUGUUCUCUCCUGCCACAAUCCUAUUUAACUGCCCCCCCCAAAGGCAAGAAAAGCUGGUCUGAAGAGAUCAUAGAAUAGUAGAGUUGGAAGGGCCAUCAAGUCCAACCCCUGCUCAAUGCAGGAAUCCAAAUCAAUGCAUUCCCGACAGAUGGCUGUCCAGCUGCCACUUGAAUGCCUCCAGUGUUGGAGAGCCCACUACCUCUCUAGUAAUUGGUUCCAUUGUCAUAUGGCUCUAACAGUUAGGAAGUUUUUCCUGAUGUCCAGUCGAAAUCUGGCUUCCUGCAACUUGAGCCCAUUAUUCCGUGUCCUGCAUUCUGGGACGAUCAAGAAGAGAUCCCGGCCUUCCUCUAAGUGACAACAUGUCAUGUACUUGAAGAGUGCUAUCAUAUCUCCCCCCAGUCUUCUCUUCUCCAGGCUAAACAUGCCCAGGUCUUUCAGUCUCUCCUGAUAGGGCUUUGUUUCCAGUCCCCUGAUCAUCCUUGUUGCCCUCCUCUGAACCUGUUCCAGUUUCUCCAUACUUCUUGAAAUGUGGAGACCGGACCUGGACGCAGUACUCAAGAUGAGGCCUAACCAGUGCUGAAUAGAGGAUAACUAAAACUUCACGUGAUUUGGAAACUCACUUCUGUUAAUGCAGACUAAUAUAGCAUUUGCCUUUUUUGCAGCCACAUUGCACUGUUGGCUCAUAUUCAGCUUGUGAUGAUUGACAAUUCGAAGAUCCUUCUCACAUGUAGUAUUGCUGAGCCAAGUAUCCCCCAUCUUAUAACUGUGUAUUUGGUUUCUUUUUCCUAAGUGUAGAACUUUGCAUUUAUCCCUGUUGAAUUGCAUUCUGUUGUUUUCAGCCCAAUGCUCCAGCGUAUUAAGGACCCUUUGAAUUUUGUUUCUGUCUUCCAUGGUAU